AUGGGCAUCGAGGGUGGCCGUGGCGACGGCAUGGCGUGCUUCAAGGAAUGGAGCAGCCGCGACCAGAUACUGCAACUGCGGAAUAAAAUCUACCUGGAAGAAAAGUACAAGACUGCUUAUUAUCAAACAGCAGAGAAAGAGAUAGUGGAAAAUUUGGAUAAAGUUAAGCAACUACGCAAGGAUGUAAUCCUGGAAAGCAUCAAGUUCCAAAAAGCCGAUCGGGUGGUUGAGAAUGCCAUUGCUCAUGAAUGUGAGGAUCGAAAGGAUUUAAAACUUUGCUUAACAAAAGCUGCCAUUGAGGAUUCCAAGGAGUUACUGAAUAAGCAUCUGUAUGACACUGUAAACUUGUACAAUUUAAACUGCUAUGAAGUUAAGAAACGAGAAAGGAUUUUGAUGGACCUUACACAAACCUUGAAGACCAUGAAGAAGGAGACACAGUUUGAUGAAGAGGAGCGCAAUGAUCUUCAGACAAUCCGUCAGAUUGAGAAUAAAAUAGAGAAGAUGGAUACUAAAAUCCAUGUUGCGAAACAGAUUUAUCAGAUGUACCAGGGCAUCCUGGAGUGCUUGCACAGGGAUGCAGCCUUCAUACCUCAGAAAGUGGACAGCUUCAGUGCCAUUGUGGAUGCACACAAAGCUGAGCUAACAGCAUUAACUCGGAUGUCUCAGGAAGCUGCGGAGGCACGAAAAAGCAUGAGGAUGGAGUUAGAUGCUCUGGAAAAGUCUUACAGUAUAGAGAAGAAAGAGCAAGAUGCCAUGCUGGCCAACCGGCGAAAGCUGCUGAGCCUGGAGAAGUAUGCACUGAAGCACAUUGAUGUUCCAUCUCUCAGAUCAAGCAGUAGACAUUCAUCAACCAGUGGAGUGAGAGUGAGAAAAAGUAUAGCAGAUUUUGGAAUGCGGUCACAUAAUGAAAAUACCGUGAUCAAUGAAAUCAACAAAUUGAAGGAGCUAAUGUCCUGUUCAAAACUAGAGGACAUAGAACAGAGAAUCAACAUGCAGAUUGCAACUAGUGACUACCUGCAAUGGAAGCUCAGGCAGCGGAAAGAGAAACGAAAUAAUCUGAGCAAAGAGCUUCAGAAUUUGACUCUCGAACAUGCUGAGUUGAAGUUUGACCCUCAUAAGACCAUGAACAGUUUGGUGGCUUUGAAGGCAGGUACAGAAGACCAGCUGAAUCAUGAAAAGGAUAAACUGCAAGUGACAUUAUGGCAACUUUACAACUGUGAGAGGCUGCUCCUCGCCUUUGAUAAUGGGAUUGACAGCCUCUAUUACUUCCUAUAUGGCAUUGAAGGUGCCAGUGAGCUUAUAUCUAGUGAACCACAGGAUACCUAUGAAAAGUUACAUAUAUGUGACGAGAAAUUAGUUUUCUUGGAGAAUAAGCUUGCAGAUUUUGUUUUCGAGGACUGGAUGAGAAGCGAGCAGGAGAAGUUGACAGAAUUAAUAGAAAAGGCAUUCGCUGAGAGCCAGAAGAGCAAAAAAAUGGAUUUAGGUUAUGAUAUGCAAGAUGACUUUGACUACGUAAUAGCAGGCAACGAUGGUGUUCUCACAAGAGAGGAAAUCAAAAGACAGAGCGAGCUUCUCGUCCAAGAUAAAACGAGAGUAGUGAGGAGAGUGAAGAAGAAAGGCAGGAAACAAUAUGUCAGCAAGAAAAAAGUUGUAUGUUAG